GGGUCGCGGUCGUAGUGUGGUGGGCGGAUCGAUGCGUUGUCAGUCACGUAUGCACCAUAGUCUAUAGAGCAUUUGUUUGGAAAGAAUAGGUCGCACUGCUUACCUCUUUACUGCCGUUGGUCAGGGAGCGAACUUCAGUAUUCGCAGACAAGUACGAAGAGAUCCUGAAAAUGUCAGAUCAGGACGUACGUAGGCGUCACCCGGGUGAAAGAGGAGAUCCAGAUAGUGAGAUGAACAUUGCCGAGGAAAAAACAGCCGACUCGGACGCGGUGCCGGAGGCGGCCGACUCGGAGCCAGAGGAUGUGGCCAAGGCCGUGGGCCAGGGCACCGACAGCACCCCGGAGGUGCUGGACGGCGCGCUGUCCGGCCUGCCGCCCAGAUGGCGCAACUGGGUGAUCCGCGGCAUCUUCACCUGGGUCAUGAUCGCCGGCUUCGGCUGGAUCAUCUACAUGGGACCGCUAGCAUUGAUGGCCAUCACGCUGAUGGUGCAGGUCAAGUGCUUCUCGGAGAUCAUCAACAUCGGCUACGCCGUGUACCGCAUCCACGGCCUGCCCUGGUUCCGGUCUCUCAGCUGGUGGUUCCUGCUCUGCUCCAACUACUUCUUCUACGGCGAGAGUCUCGUGGACUACUUCAUCGUCCUGGUGAACAAGCUGGAGUUCCUGCGCGUGCUGGUGACUUACCACCGGCUGAUCUCCUUCGUGCUGUACAUCAUCGGCUUCGUCUGGUUCGUGCUGUCGCUGGUGAAGAAGUAUUACAUGAAGCAGUUCAGCCUGUUCGCCUGGACCCACGUGGCGCUGCUGAUCGUGGUCACCCAGAGCUACCUCAUCAUCCAAAACAUCUUCGAGGGCAUGAUCUGGUUCAUCGUGCCGGUCUCGAUGAUCAUCAUCAACGACGUGAUGGCCUACAUGUUCGGCUUCUUCUUCGGACGCACGCCGCUGAUCCAGCUGUCGCCGAAGAAGACCUGGGAGGGCUUCAUUGGCGGCGGCGUGGCCACCGUUCUCAUGGGCCUGCUCAUGUCGCAGCAGCUGGCGCGCUACCCGUACUUCACGUGUCCGCUGGAGUACAACGAAUCCUUGGACGGCAUCAGUUUCCAGUGUGAGCAGCCGCCCCAGUUCGUAUCGCAGGACUUUGCGCUGCCAGCCUGCCUGGCAACACUCUGCCGCCUGGUGGGCGUGUCACCGAUUCUGCGCUUCUCGCCGUUCCUGAUCCACGCCUUCGUCAUGGGCCUCUUCAGCUCCAUCAUCGGACCGUUCGGAGGCUUCUUCGCCAGCGGAUUCAAGCGAGCCUUCAAGAUCAAGGACUUCGGUGACCUGAUCCCGGGUCAUGGCGGCAUCAUGGACCGCUUCGACUGCCAGUUCCUGAUGGCCACCUUCGUCAACGUCUACAUCUCCACCUUCGUCCGCUCGCCCUCCGCUCAUAAGAUCCUGCAGCAGGUGUACACGCUAAAGCCGGACCAGCAGGUGCACCUGUACGCGAUGCUGCGGGACGGCCUGACGGCGCGGGGGCUGCUCGGCUGAGCGCCCGCCUCGCCCAGCGCCCAUCUGGCUGCGCCGCCCAGCCGACCGCCGCCUGCCAGAUGCCCGGGCCCGGGCGCGACCCUCCCUGCCAGAGCCUCUCAGCGGAUGCCGGGCACGUCCGGCGCAGAGUCAGCCCGACGCCGCGGCCACAGGACGUCACUCACGGGUCAGCCGAGGAAGCGAGCGCCGGCCGAUGCUCCUAGGGUGGGCCGUCGCUAAGCCGAAGGUCGCGCUCUCCGGUUGUCGUUGUGUUUUAAGCGAAGAAUUCAUAAUAGUUGGUUGUUGGGCCGCCGCGAGCGCGCGCGCGUGUAUGUAGCUUAGGACGGCGCCGUGUUCGUUGUUCCCUAUGCGCUGUGCGACUGUGGACCACGGAAUGAUGGGUACAGGCGCGUGGGAGGGCGCAAUCAGAACAUCAGGGUAGAUCGGCUGGCCCCAGAGCCAUCUGUCGAGCGAACAAGCAAUCGAUGUUGUGCGUGUCCAAAGAAGGUGGCGUUCACCGCCCGUGGUCACGGCCCUAGAUCAGUUCUGCAGGUCGGUAGUGUAUGUUGUUGGACGCCGACAGCAGCGGUUUCUAGACUAGCUUCAUGUCAUUCAUAUUGUGUUCGUGCGCAAGCGAUGUGUCAAUUCACAGCCACGGAAUGCUCGGGCCAACUCUUAGCUGCUUUGUUAGCACUUGACAAGCAAUGCAAUAUUUUAUCAGUUUAGACGCCAGUGCGCAUUGUUGUGCUCAAUUCAUUUCUCCGUAGUGCAAGCGUCAGGCCAGUGAGAUUAAGAUUCUUAAUUCGUCCGAUGGCCGACACGUCAUUACACCGCACUCAGAUUGCGCAUUCGGAUCCAUGCCGCACCAUGCCUGUUCUGCUGGCCAGCCGCUUCCGAACAACCAUCCGUGGCCGGGGAGCCACAGGUCGGACGCCCGUCCAAAGCUUCAGUGCUUCGCUCCCUCACUAGAUGGCUCUGUAAUUCGUUGUCCGCCGCAUCGGUUGUCCCCAGCCGCGCGGCGUUCGUGGGUCCCUGAUUGGUCGUCAAUGUCGUGCGGCUCGAUCGGCCUCGCCGUGCCGUCGCCGGGCGGGCUGCUGCAUGUUCACCUCCGGGAGCCCGUUCGUCGCCGCAGCGGCGUGGCCGCCAGGGAGCUCGGUAUGCCCAGGUCACCCGUGGGUACUGAGGCGGUGGAUGGCACUGUCGGCGAGGCUGCUGGCGCGGCCGCGGCCCUGUGUUUUAUGUGGAAAUACAGUUGUUUGAGGCG